UAGCAGCGCCCGGAAGAAAGGAAAGAAGUGGUCGCUUGUCACAGUUGAGUGCAUGCGGCGGUCGUGUACCAGGGAGCGCGUUCACUGCUGCUGCGAUGUUUUGUAUUGCAUAGGAAGUUUAAGGACUAAAGAAUUGAAAGCCUGGACAAUCGAGCCUUGUUGUAUAGAAAAUCCCAUAUUUUGACUCUCUGACUCUUUUUUUUGCAUGCCAGGAUAUUUUUAAACGACUGAUUUGGGGGGAAACGUUGCUUUUACGCUUCCGUUACAGUUUGAGUAUCCAAUGCUUUUACAUCCGUUUAUGAACAGCACACUCGAAGCUAUGCACCCAACGGGAAUCCAGAAAGACACUACUUUCACGAAGAUUUUCGUAGGGGGUUUACCCUACCACACAAACGAUGCGUCUUUGAGAAAGUACUUCGAAGCGUAUGGAGAGAUAGACGAGGCUGUGGUCAUAACGGACAGGCAGACGGGGAAGUCAAGAGGCUACGGCUUCGUGACAAUGACUGACAGGUUAGCAGCAGAACGAGCAUGCAAAGACCCAAAUCCCAUCAUUGAUGGUCGUAAGGCCAAUGUCAACCUGGCCUACCUCGGAGCCAAGCCACGCAGUCUUCAAACAGGCAUAUCUGUUGGUGUGCAGCCAAUUCAUCCAGCACUUAUCCAAAGGCAGUAUGGGCUGGCGCAGCAGUAUGUAUACCCGCAAGCCUUUGUACAGCCCAGCCUGGUGCUCCCUUCUCAAGUGGCCUCCUCGCUCACUUCACCGUAUGUGGACUACACUGCCUAUGCCCAGUACACCUCAGCAGCAUUUGAGCACUACCCUUAUGCCUCUUCCCCGGGUUUCGUUGGCUAUGGCUACACCAACAGCCACAUCACUGGCCCAUCCUCCAGCACCACUUCACUGCACCAGACCCUCACCAAUGCGCCCACUGCCGCCACCCCUGCCUUCAUCCAGUACCCACCACAGCAGCAUCUACAACCUGAACGCAUGCAGUGAGGGCCUGACGAGCCAAGUGAGCGCUGGGGAAAAAAACAUGAGGAUAGAACUAUUGCACUGUCACAUCAGGAUUUGCUUCGGGCAGCUGAGUCCGGCGACAGUGAAACUGUGCAGUGACUUUAAAAGAGCUUCCAGAAGCACUGAUGCUUUUUAAAAAAAAAUUUCCUUCAACAUUAUUACUGUUAUUACUAUUAUUCAUGCUAUUCAUAUCAUAAGCUUAAUUGUAUUAAUGUUUCUUUUUGUGCUCACAUUAUAUUGUUAAGAUCAAUCAGAGUAAGGUGCCUCAUUGUAUAGAGUGGGAAAACAAAGUUAAGGAAGACUGUACAGUCAUACACUGAACAUGAAGAGGCUUUAGAAGGUUUAAUGGGGUAUUGCUGCUCAAGGACACUGGAGAAAGCAUUUGAGAGAAUGGAAAGUCCAAAUUUAAGGUUAUAGAUAGGGAAGAACACAAAAUCAGAGGGGUGGGAAAUGGAGAUGCAACAAAACAGCCGUACAUGUACAACAACAUGAGAUGUUGGUACUAAAUCAAGGACAACAUGGAGAACGUCAAGCUACUUCUACUGCUUAAAGAUGCUCAACACCCCCCAGGACUACCUUUCUUUUUUAUAAUGAAGAGGCCUUAAUACUAGAAUCUUUCUUUAGGUGUAAAUGACCAUUUUAGCAUUUAUAUAUAUAUAGGGUGAACUGUGAAUAAACCACCACCUGCUUCCAAACAAAUAAACCCCAGUCUACAGACCUCAGGCUUGUUUAAGUCCAAAGACUUGCGAUAUGGUAUUUUAGAGUAAGGGUGCUAAUUAAAGAUUUUGAUCAGGUUUCUGUCCAUGGUGAUGAUUGUGAAUUUAUGCCAUAAUGCAAAACUGAUUUGGAGACAGUUGUCUAGUUCAGGAGAAGCAUUGAAUGUGCCCCUUGUUUGGAUUGUGGAUGAAUGGAGAUAAUCAUUAUAUGAUGCAGUAAGCAUUGGACAUGUAUGGACAAUGCUUAUUGUAUCAUAUUUUUUGGACAUAUUUUAACAUGUAUGGUAGCUGACACUGAUACCUACAGUACAUCAGUUUUGUAUAACUGUUAAAACUAAUUGUAAACAUCUUUCUGAAUAUCUCUCUGACAGGGGUGUUCUUUAUGUACAGCAUUGUCACAAUUUAAAGCAUUUUGCAGUAUUUAUGUUAAGAUAUUUAAGUGAUCUGUGGUACUAUUAGUUUUUUUUUUUUUUUAAUGUGUAAAUUGGUCUCUCAGUACACCAGACAUGCAAAACAUACAAUGUUUCAGGCUUCUGGUUGCCAAAUAAGAAUGUGUACAUAGUUGAUUUAGCAUUCUUCAUAUACUAAUAAUCCACAUGUGCACCUAAAAAUUUUAAGUUGAUUUUUGAGCCUCAGCUUGCACCUGGCACAUAAUUGCUCUAUGAAGCAUUUUUAUGUCACAUCAUUUCACUAUCUGCAAAGAAGCCAUACCAAGAAAAGUCUUGGGGAAAAUAAAGACUUUAUACUAAAAAUA